AUGGAAAGUCUCCAGUCGCAACUCAAAGAGCAGAGCAGAAGGCUAGAGCAGCUCGAAGAAAUCAGCCGCCGCGAGGACGAGGAAGACUAUGUUUCGGACCAUGGCGAAUGGAUAGAUUGCGUGGGAUGCGCCUCUCCCAUAAAGCCGGGCUGGCCGAGAUGUCCUGGAUGCAAGUUGGAGACCAAGAAAUCCAUCGAGCGACUUGCCAAGAAGAAGCGGGACUCCUACUCGUCCAACGGUCACAAUGGCGAGGAUGACAGCAUCCGGAAGUCGCUACAAGAGGAGCUGAGCAAGACGUUCCCUGCCUCCUCCUUGUCCAACGCGCGUGCAUCCAAGGAUGUGCAGCCCAACGGAUCGCAGAAGAGCUUGCCGGACACACAGAAGAGUAAGGCAGAGGCCGUCGAGCCUCCGAUCAACGGGAAUGGCGACAAGUCGGAUUUGCAUCAUGUGAACGGAGGAAACCACGCCUGGACAUCUGAUCAUUGCGAGUUUGGGACGCAGACUGACACUGUCAUUGCUCAUAUCUGGCCAGACACGUUCGAAGAUCCUGUAAAGAAACAGCUUGAAGAGCCCAAGGACGAUUCAACUUUCGAUCGCAUUGAAGACACAACUCCGGUCAGCUGUAGGUUCUUGUUCGGUGGUUUCAGCUACCAGUCUCUGGUCAGGAAGAAGUGCUUCGAUGUGCAUAAGAGCCCUUUCUGGGGAUCCUUCUUUGUUCUUGUCACUAUCGCCAAUGCUGCGGUCAUUGCUGUCCGCCCUUCCCUCUCCCCCGACUUCAAUACAGAUGCUUCCGGCGCUUCGAAAGUGUCAACUCCGCUGUCCGAGGCCUUUGACUUCUUCUGUGUCGCCGUCUUGUUCUGUGAGGUUCUGUCAGGAUGCAUUGCCUUCGGCUUCCACGCAUGGAUCCACUCGGACUAUCACAAGCUCGACUUUGCAGCGCUCCUUGUCGUCGCUCUCGAGUACGGUGCUUCUGCCUACGGCGAGAACGCGUUGAUUCUCAGGCCAUUUCGUAUCCUGAGGAUUCUCCGACCGCUAGUGAAGCUGGAGAUGUUCGGCAAGCUUGCCGAGAUCCUGCAGUCUCUGCACGAGGGAGUCGACGAGUUGGCCACAGUGUUUCUCCUCCUCCUCUUCUUCCUUAUAGGGUUUUGUAUCCUCGCCAUGGCCGUGCUGUCCAAGUCGUUCCGCAGGAGGUGCGUUAUGCUUCCUUAUCGCGUUUCCGACUGUGCGUCGGACUUCUCCACGGGCUGGGCGAACUCGUCCUCAUGCUCAUUGAGCCGGCAGAGCUACAGCAUGGCGGCAGGAGGAGACGUCGUUGUGACUGCGGGCUAUCCUUACCAGACCACUUGUGACUACGUGACGAACAAGACGGCUGGAGAGUACGACGGGAUCUACCCGCUCGAUCCCUACCGGGGCAUCUACCACACGUGCCAAGCAUCGAUCCUGAGGACCUACGGAUGGCAGUACAUGAAGCAGACUUGCGUCGAUGUUGGAAACCCGCAGAAUGGAUAUCAACACUUUGACAACUUUGCCGGCGCCUUCGUGGCACUGUUCCAGUACAUGACAGCUGACUCGGCCUACGACGUGCUCUGGUACGCGCUGAACAGCGAGCAUGAGCCCGCGGCCAAGGCCAUUGUGGCGAUUAUGCUCUUUGCCGUCUCGAUCUUCUGCACUUGGAUCCUCCUUGGAGUGUUUGUCGGAGUGGUGACAGGGACGUUUGCAAGGAUCAGGAGGGAGAGGAAGGAGCACGAAGACGAGCUGACGAGCCUAUCGAGCGGCGAAGAGUCCAUCGCUGCGAACCCCAGGGUGAUACAGAGCGUGCAGGUGGUGAACGCGACAGGAUGGAAGCUUGACUCGCGCGUCAAGAUCGAGGACUUUGCCAGGGCCGUGGCCAGCCACCCUCAUUUCGGGAAUUUCAUGUCCUGUGUCAUCCUAGUCCACGCUCUGACCAUGGCGUUGAACCGUCACGACGCUGAGCAGGGGAUCAAGAACUGGGCGCUGUAUGGCUACGUCAUCUACAACUGCAUCUACUCCGUAGAGUCGUUCUGCUACGCCAUCGCCUCCUCCAACUUCACCUCGUACAUCAGAAACCCGUUCUACUUCUUCGAGUUCGCCCUCGUCAUCCUCAUGUGGAUUGCAAUCUUCGUGGGCAGCGACGCGCUGAUGCUGGUGGGAGCGAUCAGAAUCUACCGGCUGAUGCGAUACUUCCCUACCCUCUACGACCUCCUCUAUGCUGCCCUGGCCUCCACCCCCUCCCUUGCCCACCUCAUCGUGUUCAUCUGCCUGGUGGGGUUGGCGUUCUGCGUGACAGGACGGUACGUGUUCCGAGACAAGAUGGACUCCCUGACGCGAAGCAACUUCGGCUCCUUCUACAUCUCCGUGUUGACCUCCUUCCAGAUCUUCACGGGAGACUCUUGGUCAGGCAUCCUCUACAGCGCCAUGUCCUCGAAAGACACGACCCUCGGCGUCGUCUUCGGCUGUCUGCUCAUCAUGGCAUGGUUCAUCUUCGCUCAGCUCAUCAUCUCAAACCUCUUCAUCGCAAUCAUCAUCGAGAACUUCGAGGUGGCAAGAACCAUUGCAAACAUCGAGAAGCCGGGGCUCGCUAAGAAAAGCCUGGAUGUUGUUCGGUCCUACUACGUCAGUUUCUUUGACUCGAUCCAGCCCUCGCGCGUCGCUCCCUUCUCCUCCUCCUCCCCUGUGCUAGAAGUUCAGCUCAAGACCCCUGUGGUUCCCUUGACCAGGACCCGGUCGAUCUACCUUGAUUCAGAGAUCACAGUCAAGUCCAAGGUAGGAAGGCUAGUCCUUGAAAAGCUCAGUUUGCUCCCGGAGGAUGACUUGGCUGAGGAGGCUAAGCCUGAGAGGAUCCUGUACUGCCUGGAGGCUGGGCAUCCCAUCCGAAGGCUAUUUGCGAGCUUGGAGUCGAACGUCUACUUCGACUAUCUCAUCCUCCUCUGCAUUCUCGGCUCCUGCAUUAUUCUCACCAUCACUCCUCCUGCCGACGACAUCCCUCACCUCGACCUGCCCAUGACGAAGCAGCAGAUCGACUCAGCCAACUUCAUCUUCACUCUGGUCUUCACUCUGGAGUUCAUCAUGAGGGUGAUGAGCAAGGGUAUGCUCUUCACCAAGACGGCUUACUUCCGCGACGGCUGGAACAUCGUCGACUUCACCAUCCUCUGGUUCGCCUGGCUCGAGGCGUCCGGCGUGCUCAACGGUCAGCCCUCGCUCACCAAGCAGGCGCGUCUCUUCCGAGCCCUUCGACCGAUCCGCAUUCUGAAGCGAAGUGCCGCCAUGAAGAAGAUCAUCAACGCGCUCAUCUGCACCAUCAUCCCUGCCCUCUACGUGGUCGCCUUCCAGUUCUUCAACCUCGUCGUGUUCUGCUUGAUCGGCAUGGGUUUGUUCGGCGGGAAAUUCUACAGGUGUCUCCCAGGAGGAGCAGACUAUCCGGCUGGCAUCGUCGAGUGCUCGGGGCUGAGCGUGUCGGAAGGCGACGGGCUGCUGAGGCAGAAGGUCUGGUGGAAACCAGGAUACUCCUUCGACGACUUUUACGACUCGAUGAUCACUCUCUACCGAGUUGGGACCUUCAAGUACGUGUCGGUCAUCCAGGACGGGAUGGACGUAACGCAAGUCGGUCAAAGCCCCGACCUCCUGCACUCCUCUUCCUACGGCCUCUUCUUCGUCGCGUACCUCCUUGUGGGCGGCCUGUUCGUUAUGAACCUCUUCGUCGGCUUCAUCGUCGAUGGCUUCAACUACUCGCGAGGAGCGUCGGAGGUGGAGGUGAUCUACUCGCGGUACAGGAGGAUGCUCGGCUCCUACGGCCCCAAGUUCAACGUCUUCUCCCUCCCAACCAGCAAGCUGUCGACCCGCGUCAGAGCUCUCGUGGAGUCCAAGAGCUUCCAGACCUUCUCUGUCCUGUGCGUCACCGUCAACGUGAUCUUCAUGCUCACCGAGGACGCCAACGCUAGCGGGAAGUACAAGCAGCUGCUCUACGUGCAGAACACCUUCUUCUUCCUCGAGCUCGGCAUGGAGGUGCUUCUUUACAGCAUCGGGUACGGCGUGGGAACUUUCAUAGAUGACCAGUGGAAGGCCUUCGACCUCUUCGUCUUCCUCGGAACUCUUGCCGGCUACGCUGGCAACAGCCCCAAGUUGACGCAGUUCGCCAAGUCGUUCCGUCUGACGCGACUGGUCCGGCUCAUGGCGCGCGUGAAGGCCAUAAGGAUCAUUCUCGAGACCAUGCUCGCCUGCAUCCCCCGCGCCUUCAGCAUCCUCUUCCUCCUCUUCAUAGUCUACUCCAUGUUCGCUCUCUUCGCUGUCGCCUCCUUCGGUACCACCCGCUAUGGUGUCAGGAUCGGGCCCACCGCCAACUUCGAGACCUACUCGAGAUCCAUCGUCACAGCCUACCAGCUCGUCACCGGAGAUGAAUGGAUGGACAUGAUGUACGACCUGCGGGUGCAGCCGCCGGCCUGCACGAAGCUCUUCACAGCAGCGGUGCAUGGGAUGAGCGACUACGACUACAGCUUCGGCGACUGCGGCUCCUCCUUCUCCGACCUCUACUUCGUCGUCUUCAAGAUCAUCUGCGAGUGCAUGCUUCUGAAUCUUUUUGUUGGAAUGAUCUUAGAGAACUUCAGCUUCAUCACCGACGAGGUCGAUCAGAAGCAGGACGACGACUGGACCAAGGGAGCAACUGCGGAGCAGCUAGAAGAGAUCGGCGGGACUUUCCAGCGCCUGUCAAGGGGCUGCGUGAACAUUCAGCUCUACCACCUCUCCACCUUCCUCUGCAACAUCAACCACCCCGUUGGCUUCCGCCUGCAGGACAGGGAGGCGCUGAAGCUGUACCCGGAGGAGACGGUGGGGAAGGCGUACGGGUGGAAGGAGGAGGAGGAGCGCUUCUUCCUGCACGGCAGCGACGAGAGGGCAUACGAGUGGCUGAUCCGCGCAGAGCUGAACCUGUGCUUGAAGCAGCACAGCGACAUGGUUGAGCAGAGGAGGUCCUCGCUCUGGUACUCCCUUCUUGACGUCUUCAAGAUCAGGACCACCCGAUCCUACAUCAACUUUGUCAGGUGGGACGAUGUGAUGAGCAUCAUCGUCUACUGGAGGAAGCCGGAGAUCGUUCCAUCGAGCGAACUGAUUUCUCGAAGAGCUAGGAUGAAGCAGGUGCUCAAGAUGGCCUACUGGCUCAAGCUCUACACGGCCCUGAGGACGAAGAUGUCGACGAGAUUCGUGGGCGCGGCGAAGCCCAUCCUGAAGGAGCAGAAGGAAUACAAGGAGUGGGAGGAGCAGCAGCCGUUCGCGGUCCUCCAUCGGCAGCGCAACAUGAAGAGGAGGCAGGACAUGAAGCGAGUCCAGGCCAAGGGCUGGGCAUCCCAUCCCCAGCUCGUGCACAGCAUCCAAGUCACCAGGAAGACGGAAGGACUCUACUACCAGGACCACAUGACGGCUGAGAGCAACAUGUUGGGCAACCGCAACCCGACGAGCAAGUCAGGACUUGAGACUUUCCUGAAGCGAUCGGAGAGCGACCUGGUCGUAGUUCGCUUCCUCGACACCAGGAACAAGCAGAGGUUGGGCGAAUGCUUGAUGGACCUCAGAAGAGCUUCCUGGGUUGGUUGGGAGUCUGCCAUGGAGCAGGAGCACUGUUUCUUCGAGCCCAAGGCCAUUCACAAUGGCAAGGGAACCGUGAAGUGGAUGGGAUUUGACGUCACAAUGAGCAGCGAAUUUCAACGCUCGGAGCUGCUCCUUGGCAACCUGCUCUCCGUGCAUGUCGGCCUGCAGGCGGAGCGCGAGGACAUGCAGGACGCCUCCUACUCGCAUCACUCCCGCGUCUGGCUCCACAUAGGAGAGUACCCCUUCUUCCCCCGCUACGGGGAAGAGGAGCAACCGGUCUCCUACCUCCGCAAGGCUCAGUCCAUCGUCAUCCAGGCAAACUCCUCCAUGCCGGACGCCAUCCGCUCCGUCGACAUGGCGACCUGCUACCCGAGGAGCAAGAUCGCGAUCCCUCCCCGCGGAAGGAAGCUGCCUGAAUUCUUCGAUGGGGUUGCGGAGGUGAUCGGCUACGUGCGCGAUGCCCGAGGCCACCUGGAAGACGUUGGAGGGCAGGAGAGAUCGUAG